AGCAUAUUUGCAGUUGUGUAGCAGAGACCGAAGAAGACGGAGGUGGCGGCGGUGGCGGGAAAGGGACCGUGUGACAUAGAAGUUGGCCCUGUAUUGUUUUAAAAGUGCAACAGACAUAGUGAACAACCAUGUUUGACGUGUUCGGCUCCGUUAAGGGGCUACUGAAAUUAGACUCCGUUUGUAUUGACAAUAACUUGUUUCGUCUGCACUACAAAGCUACUGUUAUAAUUCUGAUUGCAUUUUCGCUGUUGGUGACAUCGCGUCAGUACAUCGGCGACCCAAUUGACUGUAUUGUGGAUGAAAUUCCUCUUGCUGUGAUGGAUACAUACUGCUGGAUUUACUCUACGUUCACUAUUCCAAAUCGUUUAAAUGGCAAGAUAGGGCUAGAAGUGGCUCAUCCAGGUGUGGGCGCCCAUGUAGCCGGAAAAGAUGAGGUGAAGUAUCACAAGUAUUAUCAGUGGGUGUGUUUUGUGCUUUUCUUCCAAGCUAUCUUGUUUUAUAUCCCAAGAUAUUUGUGGAAGACUUGGGAAGGUGGUCGAAUCAAGAUGCUUGUGCUAGACUUGAAUAGCCCUGUAGUAAACGAACAAUCCAAAGCAGAUCGUAAGAAGCUCCUAGUGGACUACUUUGCCACAAAUCUACACACACAAAAUUUCUAUGCUUAUCGCUUUUUUAUUUGUGAAGCAUUGAAUUUUGUCAACGUCGUUGGACAAAUUUACUUUAUGGAUCUUUUCUUGGAUGGAGAGUUCACAACUUAUGGUUCAGAUGUUGUACGAUUUACAGAAAUGGAACCUGAGGAGCGAUCUGAUCCCAUGAGCAGAGUGUUUCCAAAGGUGACGAAAUGCACUUUCCAUAAAUACGGUCCAUCGGGUAGUGUGCAAACAUUCGAUGGCCUCUGCGUCCUUCCUCUGAAUAUUGUCAACGAGAAGAUCUACGUUUUUCUGUGGUUUUGGUUUGUCAUUCUGUCAGUUCUCACAGGAAUAGGUCUUGUGUAUCGUCUAGCAACUGCGAUGGGACCACAGAUGCGCAUGUAUCUUCUGCGUGCUCGCUCUCGUUUGGCGCCGCAAGACCAGAUAGAAACAAUCUCCAAUAAAUGCCAGAUAGGAGAUUGGUUCGUAUUGUAUCAGCUGGGUAAGAAUAUAGAUCCGCUAAUUUAUAAAGAACUGGUUGCGGAUCUAGCUAAAAAGUUAGAAGGUAAAGAAAUAGUAUAACGUAGCCACAGACUGCUUUUUUCCUGUCAUAAAUCUAAAAACUGUGGGUGGUUUUUGAAGGGACCACGCCUCCGUGAGAGCCCAUAGUAUAGACUGUUGUGUUCAUUCCUUCAUUGCAUUUUAGAAGCCAGUUAACAAUGCUGGGUAAAGUGUCUCCCACACAUUUCCUUUUUGUUAUUGCUCCCUUGCAUGAAAUGGGUGUGUGCAUAAUGUUUCUCAGCAUUGUUAAAACCCCUUAGCCUUAUUUCAGAACAAGUGAUAUUAGGUGGCUGUAUUGUUUUUAUUUGUUUAUUUACAGGCAAAAUUAAUUUCUAGUCGUACAUCUGUCAUAACCUCAGCCCAUGUACAUGUAAGGUACUGUAGUGAACUGCAGGUUAGUCCUAUCAUUGGUCAGAUAAGUCUAAAGGUGCAAUAACAAUGCCAGUGUAAACCUGUAACAUUUUAUUUACCAGGCUAAGGUGUAAAUGGCUAUAAAUGAAACAAACAUAUUCCUGUGAUCAUGUAAAGACUGUUCAUUGUUGGAGGUGCCGUUUGCUCUUUUGUGUUAACAGUUGCUGGUGUUAAGGAAAUUUUUCAAUAUUGUAAUGUUGCUUGCAGAUCUUUGAGGGUAAGAGAUAUAUAUAUAUAUAAAUUUGCCAAUUUUUAAUGAACCUUUUUCUUCAAAGGUCAGUGCUACUCACCUUCAUCAUGUAGCAUUAUAGGGAAGCAACUGCCUCAUUCAGGGGCUAUGGAAGUAUUUUAUCAGUUUUUAGUUAUUUAUAAUACUAUCAGCAAUAUUUUAUAUUACAGUGAAUGAAGCUUGAGAGAUAUUUUUGUGGUAGUAUUUUAAUCUAGUGUCUUAGUGGACAAAUUUUAAAAUGCAAAUUUGCUUCUAGAUCAGUUAAAAGCAAUUUCUGUGUUAUGGAUUGCCAUAGUUAUAUGUGCAUGAGAAAUAUGGUAAUGAAAUUCCUGGAAUCAACUUCAAGUUUUUAAUUGUAUUAAUUUUUCGUUCCCUGUUUUACUUUUCUGUAACUUUACAUUUGAAACAAGUUUUUCAUGAGACUGGUAUCUGUGCCUUGUUCUAAUGCCAUGAAAAAACUGAUUUACAUUUAAACAUAUAUCAUCUGUUGCCAGUUUGCUAUUAUCAGUGGUGAAAUACUUUUUUCACUAAUGACCUCCCAUUUCAAUAUUUGUAACUGAAAUGAAAGUGAAAAUUUCAUUUUGUAUCAAUAAAUAUUAAGACUUGUCAUGAGAUUUGUUAACCACACUGAAUUUCUGAUUCAUGUGUGAGCAUUACAAAAUGUUAGCAUUCACAAAUAUGUGCCUUAGUCUUUCGUUAAUUUAUUCUUCCAGUUUGUGUAUUACAUGACUCAUUGAAGAAGCAAGUCAUUUACAUAUUUUGUCAUCUCAAUGUGUUCAAAUAUGUAGUGCAUUUUAUUAGAUAUUUUUGUUGAAGAAAUCAGGAUUAUUGUUGGUCUGGCCAAGGCUUGUCUUCCAUGCAUUCCUUUUGAUUUUUAAAGUUUGUUUUACAAUGAGUUUUUUUUUUUUUUUUGCAGAGGAUGCAUUUCAUUUAGUGUUUGUGAACUGCCUAAUUUUGUAUACAAAUAGAAUACCAAUAAAUAAAUGUUCUAUAGUGUUA